AUGAUUCUGUUACCAUACCCUUCUUCUGGUUUACCUUUUGACUUGAAUUCUCCCUGUAAUCAAGUUAGCUCAUCAGCCUGGACAAGAAUAUGUACAACAAAACCUCAGGAAAACAAAAUCAUAUUCAAAACUUCAAAGAAGGGAAGCACAGCUGGAGAUGAAGCCAUCACAGAGUUGCUUCUGAAGACAAACAUAGAUUUAAAUGAUGUCCAUGCUGAUGGACGCUCUGCUCUUCAUUGGAUUAUGUGGCUUCCACUGAAGCAUGGUGCUCGAGUGAACCAGAAAAAUAAGUUGGGGUUGACUACGGUUCAUAUUGCUGCUUCAAAUGACCAAGAUUGUAUCAAUUCUAUAAGAGAAAUGAAAGAAACCCCAUUAUUUUUGGCUGCGAAGAAUGACUAUAGGGACUGUGCUGAGCUUCUAUUACACCGGGGAGCAAGCACUGCAGUCUUUAAUCUGCGUAAACAGCAACCUGUAGACUUGGCGGAGUCACAAGACAUGCGUUUCAUGCUAAACUAUACUGAUGUUAAUCUCAACUCUUUAGGAAAACUUUUUGAAGAGCAAUUUGGUUCGGUGGACGAUGCUGUAAUACUUGAAGUUCAAAAAGCAGAUAAGAUAAAGUCUCGAGGAUUUGGCUAUGUCAUCUUCAAAGAUAAGAAAUCUGUGUCUGGAGCUGUUGAGGCCCACCAUGUUAUUAUUCUGACAGCACUAGGGGGUUCCUGUCAGAUCACUGAUGAUAAUCCUGAAGAUGAAUCACCCUGUGUGAACUCGAGGUAUCUUCAGUUCUUGAAACCAGACCCAAUUUUUCAUGCUCGAUCAUGGGCAAGUAGUGACUUUGAUGGAGGCAAAGAGACCGCUGUUGGUGAAAGAGGAUCGGGAAAGGGGUUUCAAGAGAUCAAGCCCAGAUGUUUACUUGCUUCGAGAAUUUGA